UUUGCUUGGAAAGCAAUAGAAGAAGGGGAAGAGUGGCCGUUAAUGCGCACCUCCUGCUCAGUACCAGGCAUCUUCUAUUCUCUGUUUAGUUACCGUUAGACGACGCGAAGACUAAAAACUCCUGAAAACUCGAACAAGCAUCGAAGAGAGAGAUCAUAUCCAGAAAUCAACACUGUUUCUCGAUCACAUACAUUUCUCCCGACCGUCUUUGAUUGUCAGAGGCCCCCUGUACUAGCCGUUCGAAGCAGCCGUUCUUCACCGUCGGAAGUGAGCUUUCCUAGCCAUCGUGCACCCCCAUCCACCGGAACAGCUUCUAGGUGACGUUUAACGUUUUUGUAGCAACAGUUUUACAUUGAAGAAAAAUGGGUGGUGGAAAGGACAAACAUGAUGAAUCACAAGACAAAGGGCUUUUCUCACAUCUUGUUCCUGGUAUGGCUGGAUAUCCUCCUGGUCAUUACCCACCACCAGGUGCAUACGCCCCUCCUCAGGGGUACCCCCCACCAGGUGCAUACCCCCCUCCACAGGGCUACCCACCACAUGGAUAUCCUCCUCAGGGCUACCCCCCAGCAGGAUACCCCCCACCAGGCGCAUACCCUCCAGCUGGUUAUCCUGGUCCACCUGCUCCACAUCAUGGAGGGCAUGGAUCUAGCAUGGGAGCAAUGAUUGCUGGAGGUGCGACUGCUGCUGCAGUUGCUUAUGGAGCUCAUCAGAUGUCACAAGGUGCUCAUCAUCUUGCACAUGGUGCCUUCUAUGGGCAUGGUUCCCACAAACACGGGAAGUUUAAGCAUGGAAAAUUUGCCAAGCAUGGGAAGUUUAAGCAUGGGAAGCAUGGAUUUGGAAAGUUCAUGAAGAAGUGGAAAUAGUUCUUGUAUCUUGUGAGGACUGACUGACCUUACUAGUAUUUGCUUUCUACUAUUAAUGACUUUUAGUUUUGAAUCCUACUCCUAUGGAGGCAUGCUUUUCUCCUAUGGCCAGAUCUCAUUUGUUGCCUUUUAUAUACACUUUGCCUUGCUUUCUAUGGGAUUUUCAUGAUACCUUCAAUGUACAUAAAAGAAUUAACCAUCUUAUAUGACAAG